GCAAAGAAUGUAUUUAUUUGUUGUCAUUGUGUUUCAUCAAUCUGUUGUUGGCGGUUUCGUAUUCAAAUAUUAAAACAAGCGUUCUCUGUAUCUAUGUAUUUGUCCGAAGAAAUCACAGCUAUUUGGGCAAAGAUGUUAUUAUAAAAUAUGGAUGAUCAAGAGGAAGGUCAAAGUGACCAUGAGGAGCUGACAAAACUACUACGAGGUACCUUCCAAGACAAGUUAAUGAAACUUUCCCGACAAAAUUCACAAGAUGAUCCAAAAUUUAAGGAGCAGUUACGAACAUUACAAAAGUAUGUGAGUGAGUUAAGUGAGCAGAAUGAAAUGUUAGUUCAAACAAUUGAAGAAUUGGAAAAUGAUUCGAAUGAUAAAAUUGCAUCACUUGAAAACAAGCUGGUUAACACAGAACUUUUUCUUAAAGAACAAACAAAAAGAUGUGACCAUUUGCAAUGUAAGAUUGACACUUAUGAGGAACAAAAGAAAGAUAUUCACAAACACGUUUUGGUAUUGGAAGAAGAGGCAACAAGCUUGGGUGAGGAGAAUCUUCGAUAUCAAUCGCAUAUUAGCAAUUUGGAAUCUGAUUUAGAUGAGCUUGUCGGACUAAUCAAGAAAGCCCGAAUCGAGGGAAAGUGGGAGCUCUCAAAACUAAACUUAAAAGUGAUACCUGCAGAAGACUUGUUAGAUGAGAAAACUAUUGUUGAUCCAUUACCAAGGAAAGAUACCGAACUGCUUACAGAUAAACAUGUUGACGAGUUAAAGAUGCAGCUAAUUGCAAGAGAUCGAACCAUUUCUAUGCUGGAGAAAGAACUUAAAGAAAAAACUGAGCAAUACCAUGCUAUCAUUGAUGAAGUGUCCCAUACUGGAGAAGUUGUAGAUUCAGUAAAAAGUGACAUGUAUCAGCUUGAAAAACAACAGCGCAACAACUCUAGUUUAAUGUCGCACAAAGAUUUUUUAAUACAGCGUUUAAAAAACCAAUUGAAAUCUUUCGAGGAGGCUGAACAUCAUUUGGAAGAAGAAAUGAACAAGAAACAGCACCUGAUCGAUUCCCUGCAGGAAGAUAACAAUAGUUUAAAAAAUGCUAUGGAGUUGCGAAUUAUUGAGUUAAAAAACAAAACACAAAGUAUAGAAAUAUUGGAAAGACAUUUGAAUGAACUAAAAGAAAAGGUGUUGAAUGAUUCACUGAAAGAUAUCUCCUCAAAUUCUAACACACAUCUUCAACUGCAAGAUGCCAACAGCAAGAUCGAUGAACUACACGAAUUUGUGUGUGAACUGAAGCUUACCAAAGAAACAGAUAGUAACAGAAUCAUAGAACUGACCCAUGAGGUUACAAACCUAAACAACAUGAUAGAUUCAUUGAAUGAAGAAUUGGACAUUUCCACAAAAGAAUGUGCUAAGCAUUCGUCAACAGUAAGACAACUAUCUGACCAACUUCAAAUGGAAAAGAAAAAAGUGUCUGGUCUUGAACUGAAACUUGAUUCUAGGCUCAACGAAGCUGAGAUUAGCCUGAAGAAAGAUAUUGAGAGAAAAGAUCGAGAAAUUAGGCUACUUCAAGGGAAUCUUCAGCGUCUUGAAACUCAACGUGACGAUGUUGAAGCUAAGGUAACACUCCGUGAUAAGGCAAUAGAACGCUUGCAACAUCAACAAAAGGAAUACAUGGAUGAGGUUACACGAAGGGAUAGCGCAUUACAUAGCCUUGAGUUGAAAUUACUACAAGUUGAAGAUGAGAAAAGAAGGGGAAUCGAUGAGACUGAACGCAUCAGCAAGAACUACAGUUUAGCAAGCAAAGAUCUAAAAACAGUUAAAGAACAACAUAGCCAAGCUAUGACUCAGGUUGGUAAACUGGAAGCUAAAAUAAAAGCAUAUGAAAUCUCCAACGAGAGUGAAAGUAGUAUUCUUACUGGAGAGGUUGCCAAACGAGAGGAGCUUAUUCGUCAAUUAAAACAGAAGAAUUUAAUGUUGGAAGAAAAGCAAAAAGAUGCUGAUGAGAGAGUUGAGAAUAACAUGAAGCUAAUGGAAGAAAAUGAGACUCAGCAGAAAGAUUUGAAAGAAAAGCUCCAUGGCAAAGAAAAAAUGAUAAUAGAUCUCGAAGCUGUGAUAGCAGAACUAAGAAACAAGGAUGAAGUACACAAAAACAAGAUUGAGGAAUAUGAAGAUGAAGCAAGAGAAAUAAUAUUAAAAUUAAAUGCUGCAGAAAGAGCACAGGAACAAGAAGCUCAUAAGCUUCUGCUAACAGAAGAACAACUUCAAGAAUUAGCUUUGGAAAUGGAGAAGUUACACUCUGACCAUCAAAAAUUGCUCCAACAAAUUUCAUCAAAAGAUUCGAUGGUUGAACAAUUGACCAAUGACGUGCUGCAUUAUAAACAAAAACUACAAGAAAAAGAUAAUCAAAAUCAAAAGCAGCAAGAAGCUCUCAAGAAUGUCGAACAAGAGGGUUUGCAACUUCGUAAAGAAUUAGAAGAACUGCAGAGAGAGAAUAGUGAUGAUCUUUCAAGCAAAGAUAGGAAAAUUGCAAUGUUAGAAGACCAAGUGGAAAUUUCACACCAAAGAUAUGCUGACGUGAAUGAUGAACUGACUGCGACUGAACUCCAGUGUGAAUCCAUCAAUAAAAAGUAUCGUGAAAUUGCAUCAAAUGCAGAACAUCUACAGAUCCAACUUCAAGAAUCGAAAGAAGAAAUCCAAGAGCUGGAGAUGAAUUUAGCAGUUACAUCUGAGAAGCAUCAAACGUCUAUCAAAGAGAACGCAUUAAAAGACAAAAAUAUCCUUAACUUGCAGUCUGAACUGGAUGCCACACAACAGGAGUUUGAGCAUGCCGUUGAAGAACUUGCCCAAAAAAGUGAAGAGUUAGACAACUUGCAUGAAAACAUGCGACACUUAACCAAGAGGUGUCAUCUUUUAGAAUGUGAACGAGAUGAUUCAGCAAAAAAAACAGAGGAAAAUGUUGACUUGAUUAACCAUAUGCAAAUGAAAAAUGCUGAGUUGAUGAAAGAGCUCAAACAUCACAAUGAAGAAUUGGAUAAUUUAAAUAGAGAAAUAACCAGUUUACAAGAAAAACAUGGCGAUAAGGAGAACGAACUCCAAUUGAAAAUCAGUUCAUUGGAAGUUACCAUAGCCGAACUGGAGGAAAACAAUAAGAAGUUGCGGGAUCGUGCGACAAUUGCAGAUGAGAAAAAUGCAGAACUGUUGAGUUUGAAAAACGAAGAGGCUGAUGGAAAGCAAACAGCCAUGUUUAAGUAUGAAGAUUUGAGGGAGACGUUUGAAGAACACAAGAUGCAGAGUGAAAGCGAAAUUCAAAAUCUCAAUGACAAGGUGAACACGUUAAAAAAUGAGCUUCACUCGUCUACUUUGAAAGUUUCGCAGUUAGAUGGAAAUCUUAGGUUAACUGCAGAGAAGCUGAAAAACACAGAAAAUCAGUUGUUUGAAGCGGAAAGAUCUGCGGUUUCAAGUGACUCAACCAUAGAAGAACUUCGAACAAAAGUGAAAGAACAAGAUGAAAUCAUCACCAAGAAGGUUUGCGUUAUAGAUGAGUUGGAGAAGUCUUGCUGUGAUUAUUCAGUGCAAAUCAAAACGCAUGCCGAGAACGCAACCAUAUUGAAAAACGAGCUAACGUCAACCGCAGAAUCACUCGACGACGCAAAAUUACGAAAUACGAGAUGUGAAGAGAUUAUACGAGAAAUGAGAGAUAAGCUUUCGUCGAAAUUACGAGAUUACGACAAUCAAAACGAAGUGUUAUCGCGAUUGCAAGUGGAGCAUAAAACGUUACAAGAAACUCAUUUGCGUGUCUGCGAAGAUUUAUCUUCGUUUGAGGCGUUGAAUAGAAAUUAUACUGAAGAACUGAACGCUUUACGUGGUGAAUUGGAUCAAAGACAGAUGGAAUAUGAGGAUGCUGAAAAUGAAAAACAAGACCUCGCACGCAAACUUGAUUUAGUUAAUGAAGAGAAAACUAAAGCACAUGAGAAGAUUGUUCAACUGGAUAAAAAGUUUUCGUCUUUAAAAACAUCGCUGGAGCGAGACAACUUCUCACUAAUAGAAGAGAAUUCAGUGUUGAAGCAAAACUUAAAUGAGAAAUCCAAACUUGUAUCGAUGUUGGAACAAAAAAGUCAAGCGAAAUCUGAGGAGAACAAACUUCUUGAAGAUAAAAUGUUUUGUCUAAAUGAUGACAUAAAACGCAAAAUGAACGAAUUAGAAGAAGUAAAAGAGGAGUUUUACAAUGCAGAGCAAACUGUAAAUGAGUUGCAUCUACAACUUCAGCAUGUGUUGGAGGAUAAGAAGAGGUUGAUGCAGGAGACGUCGCAGCAGUUAGGCGAGAUUAAUCAACUUCGCUCUAAUUUCACUGAGAAGAGACAACAAUACAAAGAUACAGCGCAACAGCUGGCUCAUUAUCAAGAAAAAGUUUCGCUUACUGAGCGAAAUCUGUCAGCUACACAAGACCAACUUAGUUCGAAAAUAGCCGAGAACGUGAGAUUAGAAAAAGUAGUCCGGAAAACUCAAUCAGAUUACAAACGGUUGAGUGACGACAGGAAAAAUAAAGAGUUACAGAUUGCACAAUGCAACCAACUUUUAGAAGAAACACGUGCUGAUGUUGAAAGUUCCAAACAGAAAUGUCAAACGUUGAUGGAGGAGAACAAGGCUCAAUCAGCUGCGUUGACAACAUACGAAAGCCAGUUAGAUGAAUCACACAAUCAGACCGAACAGUUGUCAAUACAAAUUGAAAGUCAACAGAACGCGAUGAAACAAACUGAGUCAGCACUCUUUGAGUUACAAGGAAACUUUGAUAAAAUUCAACAACAGUUUUCUGACCAAAGUGAAGAGUUGGCUAAUGAGAAAACAAAGUUAUCACUCAUGAUGAAAAGAGAACAAGAAUUAUCAACAAAGCAAAGAGAAGGAGAAAGCAACAACAAUCGACUUCACUUCGAGUUGGAGAAUGCAAUGCAGAAAAAUAAAUCGUGUUUAGAACAGAUUGCAUCAAAAGACGGCGAAUUAAGAGUACUAAAAGCUGAUUUGCAUUCACAGCAAAAGAAGUGCAGCCACCAAGAAAAACAAAUUAAUAGAAGUAACGACCAAAUAAGUCGCCUACAAAAAGAAGUCAAAGAAUUGAAAACAUCUUCUGAAAAAACUCUUGAAUCGCUCACUGGACACGAAUAUGAAUCAGAAAAGUUACGUAACGAGCUGCUCAGCGCUCAAAGCAACCAGAAAGAAUAUUACGAGCAAUUGGCACAGAAAUCUAAAGAACUUGCAACAGUGAAAAGCGAACUGCAAACCGCAAGACAGAAUCAAUUUCAAAUCGAACAACAGUAUUCAAUAAUUGACAGUAAGAGCAAAAAAUUGAAAUCAGAACUAAAGAAAUCUUUAGAGCGAAACAAAUCAUCCGCAACAGAGAUGGCCAACCUAACAAGAGAAGUCGGCGAACUUAAGUCGCAAUUGCAACAUAGUUUUGAGCAGCAGAGACAACAAAAUGACGAGUUGACUAAACGAGACGAAAAAAUUAUAACGUUAAAAGUUGAUGUCGCAGCUGUUGAAGAAAGGUUGAAGUUGAAAGAGGAAGAGGUGGAUCGAUUAAAGAACGAGAGUUUGCGGUUGAAUCAACAACAUCACAAAACAUUGGAGCAGCUACACGAAACGAAACAAGAACUUGAAUCAGUGAAAAUAAAUGGCGAUAGAUUAACAAGAGAAAGUGAAAUGGUGGUGGAGAACAUGAACACGUGGGUGAAGGAGCAGAGACAUGGAAAUGACAGGAUAGCUUCAAAAAUGAGCAAGCAGAAUGAAAGAAUCAACCAAUUAGAAUCCUCCAAUAGACAACUAAAAGGCGAAAAUGAUCGACUAAGACAGGACACUGAAAAAUUCAAACACAGUUUAGACGGUAAAAAAUCAGAACUUGAACGACUCAAGAAACAAACUUCUCACUCCGCACACAAUCAAGCCGUGACGCAACAACUUAAAACUCGCGUAAAAGAAUUAGAAGACGCCGUAGAUAAGGAGAAACGAGAAAAAGAAAACAAUGUGAACGAACUUCGUGACAGGUUAAAAACUAACGUGGAAACAAUUCAACAACUGCACAAACAGCUUAGUGAGUUAAACAAAGAAAACAUACGACAGCGAGCUCUAUUGGACCGUCAAAGUUUAAGCAGGAAGAGUUUACACGCGCAAUUGAAAUCGAAAGAAAACGAUAUUGAACUGUUACGUGAAGAUUUGAACAAAAGUUUACAAGAAAGAAAUUUAGCGGUGGAAGUCAAACCGAGAAGGAUGCCUCCGCUGGCUAAACCAGAUAAUAUAUCUGCGUUAUUGAACCAAGAAUUGGAAAGAGCAGGAGCGUCUUCUGAAGAUGCAUUAGAUAAAUCGUACUGGAUUAAUCGAGUUGGGGAGCUUUCUGUUCAACUACAACAGAGCAGUGAUUAUUGGACGAGGAAAUUAAACGCCUUCACGUACGAAAAUACAUAAAAGUGACCGUUAUUUGUGCACCUAGGGUGUUUGUCAUAUUCCAUCUUAUUACGCUCGCAGUAUUGUCACAGCUGACGAAGAAGAUAACUUCCAAAAAGACAUUUUUAUACAUGUAUUUUAGUAUAUGUAUUUUUUAAGGUUUUAUCCGGCUUUAUUUGUAAUGUAUUUCUUCUUAAAAAGCUUUAAAUACCCAUCGUUAAAUAUUUUUGCAUACGUAAGAUAAUUAUGUAGCUAUUUUUAUGAUAAUUGUGCUUUUAAAUUAUUGAAAAGAAAUUUCUAUUUUAUUUGUAUAUA